AAGGGGUGGAUUGUUUGGUUUGUUUAUGAAAAUGGCGGCACCCAGACAAGAGGCAUGACAAAUCCACAUAUCAAUUCUUAACACACAAACCUAUAUUUGCUUUGUAUUAACCCUUGUGCGUCAAUUUAAAAAAGUUACUCAGAGGUCCUUAGAGGACAACAAUGUCCGCGUCAAAAAACUGCCGUUAAAUUAUUAUUUAUUAAUAUUAUUUUCCACUUUCACUGACUUAGAUUUUUUUAAUCAACAUCAGUCCUGAUAAUAACUACCAAAUAUUCAUUCAUGUUCAGAAUUUUAACCCUUUAAAUGCCAGUUUGUUUACAUAAUGCCACUGUUGUUUUUUAAACACACAUUUCUCAAAACACACCCACACAAUUUUAGCCGCAUCAUUUAUUCAAUUGGCCUGCAGUGCUCUAUAAUGCAGCAAUCAGAAAAUAGGGAAAAAGCUUGUAUUUGCUCCAUAGGCUAAACAUGAGAAAAAUGGCGACAUCUGGUGGAAAAUGUUUACAUUUUUUAAGCCAGGGCUCCGGAAUGAAAGCAUAAUAUGAUAGAAUUAAUGAUUUUAUGCUUUAAUGGCACUGGGAUCAAAUAUUGCAGUUUUAAUGUGUUUCAGUGGGGACAUUUUUGUCCUGCAGGUCCUGAGUGUAACUAUUUUGUGUACACGGUGUAUUAUAGAUGUAUUUUAGGAACUGAGGUUGCAAUAUCAAAAUUCCCCCCAAAAUACACACCUUUGGCUAAAUUUAUGCCGAUGGCAUUAACACAGCCAAAAUGAUAGAAAAGACAAAAAUGUCCCCACGGUCGCACAAUGGUUAAUGCAUAGUUUCAGUUAACCGUGCGAUUUUGACCGGUGCAUGUUAUGAUAUAUCACGUUAUCAACUUCAGUGAAAGCUGAUAUUUUGCUUGGUUCACCGCCCAUUUUUAUUCGUUAGCAUGUAUGUGUGUUUUAGCCUAGCCGCUCAGCAGCUAACGAGGCGCUUUAGCUGCAAGCGAGCUACAAGAUGGCUGCCUGUACAUCUUCACUGAGCUCCGCUUCAACUCUGAAAGGCAUUUAACCCACCCGCCGCACUUUUUAUGCAUAUGGAGGUUAAUGAAAAAAAUGCCCGGGACUCCAGCUGCAUGUAACGCUACGGCUUUGGAGUUAUUUUCGUCCCUUUCUACGUGAAUUGGCGUUUGUUGAGCCGCCGGCGUUCGCCUCAUUCACUCGUGAUGAAAAGCGUCUUUCGCCGCUGAAAUGGCGGCUCGCGCAUAUUUAAGCUAACCGGCUAACAUCGUUUUACUCGCCUUUUCGUGUUACACACUGAACUUUUCAAGCACAUAUAAAGUCCAAAUUGAUUUGAAUACACUUUACAAUAAUAUAACGUAGCGGUUGGUGCAGAAGCCGUGUGGUAUUCAAACAUUUUCAGGUGACCUAUUUAGCUCGCGCGAAGCUACACAGCACUAGCGCGCUAAACACAAUAGCACAGAGCAUUGACACACGAAUGCUGUUUGCAUCCAAACUAAAAUCAGGACUGUGCAUGGGAUUUGUGUCUCGCUAGAGAAGUGGACAUGGCUUCUUCAGGCACCGCGGGCUCUGUUCUGCAGCCGCGCUGGAAGAGGGUUGUUGGCUGGUCCGGUCCGGUUCCUCGCCCGAGACACGGACACCGAGCUGUGGCUAUUAAAGAGCUGAUGGUGGUGUUCGGCGGAGGGAAUGAAGGCAUUGUGGAUGAGCUGCAUGUCUAUAACACAGCCACCAAUCAGUGGUUUAUUCCUGCUGUCCGGGGUGACAUUCCUCCUGGCUGCGCUGCGUAUGGAUUUGUUUGUGAUGGCACCCGUCUGCUUGUAUUCGGGGGCAUGGUUGAAUACGGAAAGUACAGCAACGAUCUCUAUGAGCUACAGGCCAGCAGAUGGGAAUGGAAACGGUUGAAGCCCAAAGCCCCUAAGAAUGGACCACCACCUUGUCCUCGCUUGGGCCACAGCUUUUCUCUAGUUGGAAACAAAUGCUACUUGUUUGGUGGACUGGCGAAUGACAGUGAGGAUCCCAAAAACAAUAUUCCGAGAUACCUGAAUGACCUCUACACACUCGAGCUACGCCCGGGCUGUAAUGUAGCAGGCUGGGACAUCCCCAUUACAUACGGCGUGCUGCCCCCUCCUCGAGAGAGCCACACUGCUGUCGUCUACACAGAGAAAACAUCCAAAAAGUCUCGUCUCGUCAUCUACGGUGGCAUGAGUGGCUGCCGUCUUGGAGACCUCUGGACUUUAGAUAUCGAUACCUUGACCUGGAACAAACCAGCCAUAAGUGGCGCGGGGCCUCUGCCUCGCAGUCUACACUCUGCCACCACUAUAACCAACAAGAUGUUUGUGUUUGGUGGAUGGGUCCCUCUGGUUAUGGAUGAUGUCAAAGUAGCUACACAUGAGAAGGAAUGGAAGUGCACUAACACAUUGGCCUGUUUAAAUCUAGACACAAUGUCGUGGGAAACUAUCUUGAUGGACUCUCUAGAGGAUAAUAUCCCAAGGGCCAGAGCUGGACACUGCUCUGUGGCUAUUAACAAUAGGCUGUAUGUCUGGAGUGGCAGAGAUGGUUACCGCAAAGCCUGGAACAACCAAGUUUGCUGCAAAGACCUGUGGUACCUGGAGACAGAUCGUCCUUUGCCUCCAUCACGUGUGCAACUGGUCCGUGCCAACACCAACUCUCUGGAGGUGAGCUGGGGGGCAGUGCCCACUGCAGACACAUACCUGCUACAGCUACAGAAAUAUGACAUCCCUGCUGCGACAGCUGCCACGUCACCGACCGUCAACCCCACCCCGUCCAUACCUGUCAACUUGCCCAAGAGUCCAGCGCCUGCCGCUGCUGCUCCUGCAGCUCAGAGCAUGCCCCUUUCUGGGGUCACACUGGUGCCACAAGUUUCUUCACCCACCACUGCCAUGCCAGGCAGCCCACUAGCAGCCUCACCUCGUGGGCCAGCUAUUCUUAAAGUGGCGGUGCCUCAUUCCACACCUGGGACGUCUGUUGUUACUGUACGUCAGGCCACCCCAGGGGCUAAAUCCCCGGUCACUGUUACAUCACUUCCGGCAGGGGUCCGCAUGGUUGUCCCUGCACAGAGCACCCAUGGCACGCCAAUCGGCAGUAGCCCUCAGAUGAGUGGCAUGGCUGCUUUAGCUGCAGCUGCAGCUGCCACACAGAAGAUCCCUCCCUCUUCCACGACCACAAUGCUAAAUGUUCCAGCAGGAGCCACCCUGGUAAAGACUGUCACUAUGACUCCAGGAUCCUCUACUGUCAAAGUAGCUUCACCGGUGAUGGUUACUAACCCUGCUACCCGAAUGCUAAAAACGGCUGCAGCACAGGUCGGCACUUCAGCCAUCUCUACUCCCAACACCCCGACUCGCCCCAUCAUCACUGUGCACAAAUCAGGCACGGUGACCGUAGCCCAGCAGGCCCAGGUCGUCACCACCAUGGUUGGAGGAGUCACCAAAACUAUAACGCUUGUCAAGAGCCCCAUCACGAUGGGUGGCAGCAGCGCUCUGAUCUCCAGUCUUGGGAAAAUGAUGUCUGUUGUUCAGACCAAACCAGUCCAAACGUCUGCAGUGACUGGACAGGCUGGAAGCAGUCCUGUCACUUUAAUACAGACAAAGACUCCUCUGCCUGCUGGUACCAUCUUGAAGCUGGUCACAUCUGCAGAUGGCAAGCCCACCACUAUCAUUACAACUUCCCAGGCAGGAGGGACUGGCACCAAGCCCACUAUCCUGGGCAUCAGCAGUGUCUCUCCAAACACCACCAAUAAACCAGGCACCACCAUUAUUAAAACCAUUCCCAUGUCUGCCAUUCAACAAGGAGCUACUGGUGUGACCAGCACUUCUGGCAUCAAGUCCCCCAUCACAAUUAUUACCACCAAAAUGGUUACUCCUGGCACGCCAGGCAAAAUCUUAACAGCCAUGCCUAAACUUGCUACAGGGGCAGGACAACAGGGGGUCACACAGGUGGUCCUGAAGGGGGCACCAGGUCAGCCUGGCACCAUCCUGCGUACUGUUCCUAUGGGUGGAGUGCGUCUAGUUUCCCCUGGCACUGUGUCAGCUGGCAAACCAACUGUUACCACAUUGGUCGUCAAGGGCACCACAGGAGUCACAACUCUGGGCACAGUAACUGGUACUGUAACCAGCAGUGUGGCAGGGGGCAAUGUGGCAAGCGCUAACGCCAGCCUGGCAACACCUGUCACCAAUCUUGCCACCAUUGCGACGUUGGCCAGUCAGGUGAUUAAUCCAUCAGCCAUCACUGUAUCUGCUGCCCAGACCAGCCUUGCCACCGCCACAAUACAGUCGGCAGCACAGCCUACUCAAGUGACUCUGAUCACCACUCCCAGCGGUGCUGAGGCCCAGCCUGCACAGGACUUGCCUGUUUCCAUCCUGGCAUCUCCCACGUCCGAGCAGCCCUCUACAACUGGUGCUGAUGCUGGAGAUAGUGCAGGCAACAGUGCUGGUACUGUGACGUUGGUCUGCUCCAACCCUCCAUGUGAAACUCAUGAGACUGGAACGACCAACACGGCUACAACAGCUUCUGCUAAAAUGGGCACUGAACAGAUCUGUUCCAACCCUCCAUGUGAAACUCAUGAGACUGGAACGACCAAUACAGCUACAACAGCUGCUGCUCAUCUGGGCAACGGACAGAUCUGCUCCAACCCUCCAUGUGAGACACACGUAACAGGCACCACCAACACCUCUACGACCGCCUCUGCCAAUAUGGGCAGGGUACAACAGGUGUGCACCAACCCACCUUCAGAAACCCAUGACACAGGCACCACCAACACCGCCACCACUGCCAGCUGCAACAUGGGCUCUAAAGAGAUGGGCAAGACUGUGAACAGCAAGACAGAGUCAUCUACGUCUACAUCGUCGGCUUCUGGGUCAGAACCAGCCACGCCUGGCGCAGAAAGCAGUGGCGCUUCUGGUUCCAUGCGGCCGGAGAAUCCCCGUACGGGUACCACCAACACCUCCACCACAGCCCGCUCCAACAUGGGCUCUGAUCAGACAGGAACCGUGCAGAGCUCUAGCAAAAGCCAAGCUGCAAUCUCCUCCACAAUGACGCCGGUUUGCACCAACUCUUCCUGUGAGACGGACGAGACGGGUACCACAGAAAUGUCCACUGUGUCUGGUGUAGAAGACGUCCAACAGGUCUGCUCAAAACCACCGUGUGAGACACAUGAAACGGACACGACCAAUACUGCUACACAAUCGACCUCCAGUUUGGCAAGUGGGCAGAGCAAUGUUGUGCAGAAGGAGAGUUCAAACCCACCCUGUGAAACCCACGAAAUGGGCACUACCAACACGCCAACACAGGCGUCAUCUACUGUUGGAGCGGAACAGAAUAGCAGUGUACAAAGGGUGUGUUCAGACCCGCCCUGUGAAACCCAUGAAACGGACACUACCAACACGCCAACACAGGCGUCAUCUACUAUUGGAGCUGAACAGAAUAGCAGUAUACAAAAGGUGUGUUCAAACCCGCCCUGUGAAACCCACGAAACGGGCACUACCAAUACGCCAACUCAGGCAUCGUCUACUAUUGGAGCGGGUCAGAAUGAUAGUGUACAAAGGGUGUGUUCAAACCCGCCCUGUGAAACACACGAAACGGGCACUACCAACACGCCAACACAGGCGUCGUCAACUAUUGGUACAGGACAGAAUGGCACUGUGCAGAGGGUGUGCUCCAAUCCGCCCUGUGAAACUCAUGAAACGGGCACUACCAAUACAGCUACAACUGCGACUAGCAGCCUGGAGACUGGAGAAGGAACAGCUCAGCAGGGUGCUGAUGGACAGGAUGAAAGUGGCACCAGCUCAGAACCCACAUCCUCAACAGAACCAGCCAAUCCCACAGCACAAAGCAGAGCCAUCACCACGGUGACACAGGCCACGCCCACUCCGGGACCAUCAGUACCGGAGAUCUCGUCCAUGGCUGGCUCUGCAGUGGUGGGAGAAGUACCGGGAGAGGCGGAAGCCAUGGAGCAGUCCAGCGCUGAGGCUGUAGCAGCUGCAGAAGAGCCCAUGCAGACAGAGUGUCAGGGAGAACUGGGUGAAGAGGGAGCUGUUAGGGUGGUUGCCAUAGAUCAAGGUACAGCAGGUGAUGAGAGCACCGUGCUACAGGUUCAUGUUGCCAUGGAAGCGCAACCCAGCCAAGGAGAUCAGGCCGAGAUGGAGGCUGGCGUUGAGGCAGCAGAGGCAAUGAGUCUUGCCGCUCAGGACUCGGAGGCUCUCGCCCUGCCUCAGGAGCUCAUGUCUGCAGAAGGACAGCAUACAACUCUCAUGGUGACUGGACUGACUCCAGAGGAGCUGGCAGUGACUGCAGCAGCUGAGGCUGCUGCACAAGCUGCGGCUACAGAAGAGGCUCAGGCCCUCGCCAUUCAGGCUGUGCUACAAGCAGCUCAGCAGGCUGUACUCAGUGAAGGGGACACAGGUCAGGCUGGACAGCAGUCCACCACCAUCCCAAUAGUUUUGACCCAGCAGGAGCUCGCUGCUUUAGUUCAGCAGCAGCAACAGCUGCAGGAGGCGCAGGCAGCUGCAGCCCAGCAGUUGAGCGUUGAAGCAGCCGCAGCCGCAGCUGCACUGCCCACCGAGGGCUUGGCACCAGCAGACAGCCUCAACGAUCCAGCAUCAGAGAGCAAUGGCCAUGAGAUGGCAACUGCUGUUACGGCAACUGUGGCACGUCUACUUCCUCGCACUUCUGCUGAGAGUUUGGCCCCAUCAAGUACUUUUGCUCCAUCUCAACCGAUGGUGGUCGCCAGCCCUGCCAAGAUGCAAGCGGCCACCGCUCUCGCAGAGGUGGCCAAUGGGAUUGAGUCUGCAGCUGGGAAGCAAGAAGCACCUCCAGCUGUUGUGAAGCCUCCAGUGAAGAAAGAGAAUCAGUGGUUCGAUGUUGGAAUCGUCAAGGUGACAAACAUGGUUGUCACUCACUAUUACGUGCCAGCAGAUGAUUCACCCGUUACUGAUGAUGAUUCUGGCACCAUACCAGACUACAGUCAGAUGAAGAAAAUAGAGCUAUCUCCUGGCACUGCGUACAAAUUCCGUGUUUCUGGUAUCAAUGCGUGUGGCCGUGGAACGUUCUCUGAGGUCUCUGCAUUUAAGACCUGCUUACCUGGCUUCCCUGGAGCACCGUGUGCCAUUAAAAUAAGCAAGAGUCUUGAUGGUGCCCACCUGACCUGGGAGCCUCCUUCAGUGACGUCAGGGAAGAUCAUCGAGUACUCUGUGUAUCUGGCCAUCCAAAGCUCACAGACAGUCGAGGCGAAAGCAUCUGCUCCGGCUCAGCUCGCCUUCAUGCGGGUGUACUGUGGGCCCAGCCCGUCCUGCCUGGUGCAGUCAUCUAGUCUCUCCAACGCCCACAUCGACUACACCACUAAACCUGCCAUCAUCUUCCGCAUCGCCGCUCGCAAUGAGAAGGGCUACGGCCCUGCCACACAAGUCAGGUGGCUACAAGAAACCAGUAAAGACGGCUCUGCAGCCAAACCAGUAGCAAAGAGACCGGUCUCAUCACCUGAUAUGAAAGGCACUGGUCCAAAGAAGGCUAGAUCUGACCAGUGAGAGCUCAUCAUGACCCCUGAAGCGUGACUGAAAUUCACUUCCUGGUGAAUGACCUUCCUGCUUCCACUUCUCACCCCAUUCCAACUUCAACAACAGGAAAUGGCAGCCAAAAAUAGGAGAACGUUUAAAAAAGGAGCAGAGAAUCCAUUUUUGAAAAGACAGCACCCAUCAGCGGCCAUUUCGGUGCCAUGGACGCCUUAUUUCAAACUGUAUUUUUUAUAAAACCAUUCACAUGUUCCUCCCUCGAAGUUUAAAGCACAUACGUUUGCUUUUCCUGAUGACUUAUUGUGUAAAAAGAUUCCAGCAGCAGCGUUCAGUCUAGUUAACUGUAUUAUCAGAUACUCAUUGUUUUUCCUCCUUCAAUAUUCAUUUAUUUUUAAGCUUAUUUCAAUACAAGCAAUAGAUGAUAACGAAAAAAAUAACUUUAAUGUUUUCAUUAUUUGGGCAAGUCUGUAUAUUUAAAAGAUGAUGGAAGAGACACAAAGGAAUGCGGACAAUGCAACGUCACCGGGAGAUGCAGCAAAAUAUAAAAUAAAGAAAACAAAUAGCACUUGGUGAUGCUUUUGAAGGAAAAAACUCUGCUCAUUUGAAAAAUGUGUAAUUAUUCAUUUACUGCGAGUCAGCAGCCUGUCUUGCAUCACUGUGUUCAUAUAUUUGCGUUGAUGGACAGAAACAAGGACCGUAAUGCUGAAGACAAAAGACUUAAAUCAAUGUGAUAAACGGCAUACUACUUUUGCAUUGCGUCAACUAGAUCUUGUAUAAAGAGAGAAAUUCCAAAAAUAGUAAAUGGUGAUACAGGAGUUAAUUGUGUGUGUGGUUUAUUUUUGUAAUACUGCCUUUUUUUUUUAAUUUCUCUCCAAGAUAAAGGUCUUUCCUUUUUUAACCUAUCCUUAACAUGUUAACCGCUCGUUCCUUUAGUCUCCAUACUUAUGAUUUACUGUUUCCCAUCCUAGGUUCAUAAAUGAUUUACAUUUUAUUUUGGGAAUUGUAGUGUAAAACCUAAGUAUUUGUUUCCGAAAAUGACCCACGUUAACCUCCCCUUUUUUUUUUUUUGCAUACAUUUUUGUUUGCCAUUUAUUAGAGCCUGCUGCAGAAAAAUAAAUGCUUUUAUUUUCAUUUUUUCCCCUCUUAUCCUUUCACUAGUCUGUAGUUUCUGUAAAUUGACUUUCUGAAGCUUCUUUUUAUAUGCUUGGUUUUGUGAGUUGGUAGAUAUGAAAUGGGAUUCUUAAAAUGUGCAGCGAAAGUUGGAACCAUUUUCAUGAUCUGCGGACUGCUAUGGACUUGUUUAGGGAUGUAGGCCUGUGUAAAUGCUAAAAUGGUGGAAUUUAAGAUAAGGUUUGACGGGUAUGUCUUUUUUUGAAUGGAACUUGGAAACAGUUUGUUCCUGUUUCCAGCGGUUAGAAAGCAUUUAAGAUGGAUUGUUGGCUUAGCCAGAGUUUGAACUCUGUUGUAAAUUAGUUCUUUCUCAUAGUAAAAUGAAAAACUCUUUGCCUUUUUUUAUAUAAUUAUCUGUAACAAAAUGUUUUUACAUGUUGUCAUCUAUUGAUUGCUUGUGUCUUGACUUAUAAAAGUAAUUGAAUUCUG